AUGAACAUUUUCACUUUACUUUUCAUUUAUUUUUUAUCUGAUACGGUAGCUGCCUACUGUUAUUAUGGAACUGAAUAUAAAAAUGCUACAGGAUGCUUCCAAUUUUUCCGGACUCCACUGAACUUCACAAAUGCAGUCAGAUUUUGUCGUGUGAAUAUGAAAUCGACACUUGUUCGUCCAACAUCAUCUAUCAGAAAUCAACAAAUCAGGGGUGCUGCACUGAAAUUAGGAAUUGAAGAAUAUUGGAUUGGAGCAUCAAAUGUUGAUAAUGAUUGGGAAUGGCUUGAUGGAAGUAUGUUAACAUAUUCGAAUUUUGAUGUAGGUGGAGGAUAUCCGAAGAAGACUGAAUCACAAAUUGGAGCUGUAUCCAUGUCUUCAUUGGCUGGCCUUUGGUACACAAAGCUUGAUGCAAUGUUUUUACCGUUCGUAUGCGAGUUUCCACCUUCAACGGUUUAUGAUAAUGGAAUAUUGUAUCGUUCCCCAAAAACUCAAAGUCUAAUUUUCCCAUCAGCUGGAACAAAAGCAGCACUUCUCAUGGUUGAUGCAGUUGAUCAAUCUCGCCUCUACUCAAAAAAUGAAAUUGGACCAUUGAAAACUGAAGCAGAAACCGGAGAAAAAGUUUAUUUAAAACCAAUUAAUAUCAGUACAAACGGAUUUCCGGAAUUCAGUGGGCCUCCAAUAGUUAUACUGAAUCCAUAUAAAAGAAAGAUAAAAGUGAAACCAGUGAUGGUAUCUCAAACUGAAACAGAAAUGAGUAGAUCAAGGAAAGAGAAAGAGGAAACUGAAGAUUCAAUUAAUGUGAAAUCAUUGAAAGAAGGUGGUACAGCUAGGGGAAAUGGAUCAUCAGUAGCCGAGGAGCUCAAUUCAAAUUCAAAGGAAAAACGGGAACGUGAAGAAAACGAGACAAUUCGUUCGAAAACAAUUCAAAUUUCCCGUGGAUGAUGACGAAUCAUCAGUGUCUUCGUACUUUGUGUCAAUUUCAAUAAAAUGCAUUCUUUAUUCGUUAUUUUGCACAAAUAAAUCACGAAUAAUCA